AGAAAGACUGCAAUACAGAUUGUAGAAAUCUGGCAUGUACCUGUUGUCUUAUUUGCAGUGUUUGAACAGUCCAUGUAUAUAUCGUAUAUAAAACACGCAUCGUUUACGUCGAAUAACGAAGAAAUUACAUUGCAGUUAUAACUGAUGUUUAUUACUUUUUUCAGUGUAGGACUCUGCUGUUCUUCUCCAAAACCAAUGGACAGUAUUGAAACAAAUAAAAUCCUUUCUUGCGCUCUGUCGGGAGACAUCGAAGGGCUUAUGAAUUUAUACAGUGAUGCAGAAGAUCCAGAUCACGUACAUUUCAAAGAGAUGUUGGAAGUGAAGGAUACGAUGGGCAGAAGCAUAUUGUCCCAAGCCUGCAUGUUAGGCAGAUAUGAAGUGGUCAGGGAAUUGGUGAAGUGUGGAGCCAAUGUAAACGAAAAGACCGAGAGAGGUUAUUCACCAUUGCACUAUGCUGCCAUCUGGGGUCAGAUGGAAACUUUGAAAACGCUCCUUGAUCUUGGAGCCAAUAUUUUAGCCAUCAGCUUCAAUAAUGAGAAGGCCAGAGAUGCUGCCCUCCGCUACUCAAAGAUGGAGUGUGCUAAUUACCUAGAAUUAGAAGAAGCACGGCAAGCUUUAGCAAGUUACAUUGCAAAUGUGAGGUCCAUUAUUGCAGAUCCAGAAAAAGUUCAAGGAAAACUCAACAAAGAUGAUAAGAAUACCACUCUAAAUUUAUGCCUUUCAAAAUCUGACUGGAUGCAGAAUGCCAAAAAUCCUACAGUCCAAGAUUUUUUAGAACAAAAAAAGCAGUUAGAAGAUGCACUAAUUCCUGUUUUUACCAAACUUACUGCAGAAAAAAAAUCAGCCAGAGGAGAGAAGCCAUCGAAAAGCUGAAGUUACUUGAAGUGGUAUAACAAAUCUGAAGCGUCCUUUUAAUGAAAAUCUGCACAUGUUCUG